AUGAAUUAUAAUUUGAAGAUUGUAAGACUCUUGGCAAACCAUCCACAUUUUCACAUUAUUGUAAUAAAAGCGGAUAGAAAAGCUGGCCAAUCAAUGAGCUCUGUGUUCCCACAUUUGAUCAAACAAGACUUGCCAGAUAUGGUUGCUGUCAAGGACACAGAUUUUUCUAAUGUUGAUGAUGUAUUUUGUUGUUUGCCACAUGGAACAACACAGGAAAUCAUAAAAGGCUUUCCAAAGAAUUUGAAAAUUGUCGAUCUUUCUGCAGAUUUUAGGUUAAGGAAUAUUGACGAAUAUCAAGAAUGGUAUGGACAACCUCAUAGUGCUCUAGAUUUGCAGUUCUGUUUCACUGCAGUUAUGCACCAAUCUGCUUUUGGUUUAGAAGUACUUUCCGGUUUUAAGGUUCUAUGGAUUGUAUACCAUGUUCGCAUUGGUACUUCUAGUGAUAAAUCUAUUGGUGUCUCCAGAAAGAAGCUGUUUAUGUCUCUCAUUUGCAUGCCUUUUGUUGCGGUUGCAGUUUUUAUACACAUCACUCAUAUAAGAAGGAUGAGUGUAUGUUGUCAAUUACCAGUACUUGUUGUACAGUCUAAUCUUAUAGGACUGGGAAACAUUAUUAUUAAUGCGAAAUCGGGUGUGAGUGGAGCAGGACGUGGAGCCAAUGAAGCAAAUUUAUACACUGAAAUAGCUGAAGAAUUUUUCUCAGAUGGAAUCACAAGGCAUCGCAUCGCCAUGAAAUGGGGAAUGCAGGCAAACAUAUAUGUGGAAAUGGCUCAAGGAGUAACCAUUGAUGAACUGAGACAAGAAUUAAGCACCUCGUAUAAGAUUUAUAAUUUAAUGAAGGGUGCUUCUGGUCAAGCGGUACGAAAUCUCAAUUUGGUGAUGGGAUUUCCCGAGAACACAUGGCUCCCUCGUGCACCCGUUUACCCUUAG